AUGGAUUCACCCCUUCUGUUGUGGAUGCAUUUUGCACCCGUUUGCGGAACGGCCUCAAGGGCCAGAGAGAUUAGAGUGCAUUGGUCAGAUCCGAGACCACUGCGCAGCAAUGAACUUCCGCGUGGGCUGCCCAGCCUAUCCGGGAAUGACAAGCAACGUGUUCUCAUCGCUAAUGACCUCUUUGAAUACACUUGCAAGCUUUUCAAGAAAGCUGUACAAGCGGGCAUCUUAGCAACAGUUGAGAACCCAAAGAAUUCAUACUUUUGGGUCACAGAAUGGUUCCUGCAACUGAUGAAGACCUGCAGGUUGUUUGUCGCUGACUUCCACGUUUGCAUGCUCGGCGGCACUCGAAACAAGUGGACAUUGUGGCGAAUUUCCAAGAAAUUCAGCAGCUCUGCAUACAGUGUGACAAGUCUCAUGACCACGAGCCCUGGCGCUUCGCCCAAGAUUCGGAAGGAAAGCAAGUCUGGGCCACAAGCCUGGAAUCAGCAUAUCCUAGGAAGAUGUGUAUAG